AUGUGGACAGACCUUUCAUCCAGAUUAAUAGACACUGCCAAAUCGACACUAGGCUUGACAAGGGGAGGCAACAAACCAUACAAAGAACUAUGGUGGUGGAAUGAAGAGAGAAUAGCUACAAAGGCGGUGGCUAGGGCCAAAUCUAUGGCAUACGAUGACAUGUACGAAGAACUACAUACCAAAAUUGCGAGAAAGGGAUAUAAACGGAGCUCCGAAAAAAUAAUCAUAUGUCUCAAGCAGAAAAACAACAAAGCUAGGGGUCCAAAUGAUAUUCCAAUAGAAAGCCUUAAAGCACUAGGAGAUGAUGGAAUACAUCUCACAAAUCUGUACAAUAAAAUACUGGGAAAUGAAGAGAUCCCUCAAAAAUGGAGGCAGAGCUAUCUAGUUCCUAUCUUCAAAAAUAAAGGGGAUCCACACAAUUGUCAAAAUUAUAGGGGCAUAAAAUUAAUGUCACACUGUCUUAAACUCUACGAAAAUAUAAUAGAUAAAAGGUUAUGUGACAUAAUCCAAAUAGGAGAGACUCAGUUUGGCUUUAUGCCUGGAAGAUCAACAACUGAUGCUAUCCAUAAUAUGUAUAUGGGCCAUACAACAAUGGUCCGUAGCACAACUGGUACUUCAACAGGCUUCACAAUAGCCGAGGGAGUUCAUCAAGGGUCGGCUUUCAGCCUACUUCUCUUCAAAAUAGUAAUAGAUGUAUUAGUACAGUCUAUACCACAAACAGUCCCGUGGAGUAUGAUAUUUGCAGAUGAUAUUGUGAUACUUGCCGAAUCCAAGGAUGAAAUGAAAGAAAGAUUAAUGAGCUAG